AUGGACAAAAAGAAGCGAUUGGUGUUCCAAUUGGAUACGCCGUACUCAGCUGUGUCAUGGCCGGAAAUACAGCCCGAAGAUCAAGAAACCAUCCUGGAGCUCCUUUGCACUCUACUGGCACCUCUAGGUCGUCACCGGUCUGAGCAUGCUCGGCCGUCCAAAGGCAAACGUGCAAAGAAGCGGAAGCGCAAGGAGGCAUCUGAAAAGGAGACGGAUGCGCCCUCUCCUCCUGCGCCAGAGAUCUUGUCCUACGUGGAUGUCGGACUGACGACAGUCACCCGGAAUAUGCAAAAGCAAGCAGCAGAAGGACGUCUACUCGGACUGCUACCACCAGGGCAGACAUCGGCGGAAGUAGGGAACUCGGCGGGCCGCUUCUACUCGGUUGUGUUCGUGGCUCGUUCCGGACAAGCAAACAUGCUCAACAGCCAUCUGCCCCAGAUGGUGGCCGUCGCCUCCAACUCUCACCCGUCUCGGAUUCCAACCAGGUUGGUAGGGCUGUCGAAGGCCUGCGAAGACCGUCUCUCGGAAUCUCUGGGUAUCCCCCGGGCUUCGUGUAUUGCCCUUUGCGAUGAUGCGCCGAAUUCCGAAGCCUUGGUCGAAUUCAUCCGACAGCGAGUGCCGAUCGUGGAUGUGCCUUGGUUGAAGGUGGCAAGCCAGGCUGAGCAUCAGCCCACCAAAAUCAACACAAUCGAGACAAGCAUAGGCGCCAAAAAGCAGCGGAGCAAAGUGUGA